AAUCAACUUUCAACAUCACCAUACAUUCCACUGGCUGCGCGAGUUAAGCAAUUCUUAGAAAAGACACCUGAUAGGUUUAAACCAAAGCUCGUAUCGAUUAAGCCUUUACCUCCAGCUCGUACUAUACCCACAACAAAAUCAAAACCAUUUAAAUUGGAAACUGAUGCACGAGGAGAGAAAUAUAAACAAAAUUUGCACCAGGAACUUACCAAGAUGAAACGACGCGAUAAGGAGAAUCAUAUAUUUCAUGCAAAACCAGCACCUAAAUUCCCAACAACACAAGUCAAAAAACCGAGUAAGCCACCCACAGUACCUGUUAGUUUUGUUUUCCAAACCGAUACACGCAUGAAGGAACGUAAAGCCUUUGAUCAGCAAAGAAAAUUGCGGGAUCAAAUGAAGAAUUUACAUAGGGAAAAGAAACGUGAUGUACGGCACAU